CCCUUCCCAACAAUUGGAGCUACCUACUGCAUCCCGUAACUAAAAGGUACACCAGAUGUGGUGUUGCUAACAAGGCCCCGCUUUGCUGGGUUUGGCCUUUUUCUUUUCAUGCCGCGUUUCGCUAAGUCGCUAAGUCAUGCCUUGUCGAAGCUUGGUGUCCCCCCGAAGUGCAUCUCCCGAAAGAGUAGCAGUGGCUUGAAACAUAAAGCAGCCCGAGAUACAAAAUACUCCCGCGUCUCGCUUCCAAAUCUUAUCAUCUUCAUCUCUUGCCUUCCUGUAUUGAAGGUUACCCUUUUGACACCUCAAACACCUUAUCAUCUACUCUGUCUGGGGUUUUCCUCAACUGCUUGCCAUCAUGGGCACAAACGUGUUCGCCGUACAGCUCUUUUUCGUCUGCUUCCGAGAAAGUCUCGAAGCUUCCAUCAUUAUCUCAGUGCUUCUCUCUUUUGUGAAGCAGUGCAUGGGCCAACCAGGUCAAGAUCCUGAGAUAUACAAACGACUGCGACGCCAGAUCUGGCUCGGAUCAGGUGUGGGCGCACUCAUCUGCUUGAUCAUUGGAGGCGCAUUCAUUGGAGUUUUCUAUGGCUUGGGACACGACAUCUGGGCGCAGUCCGAGGAUUUGUGGGAAGGCAUCUUCUAUCUCAUUGCUUCUAUCAUCAUCACCGUUAUGGGCCUAACACUGCUCCGCAUCAACAAAGCCAAAGAGAAGUGGCGAGUCAAGAUUGCGAAGUCUUUGCUCAAGAACCAGGAGGAUGGCGUCCCUAAGCACCGCCUUGCCACCUGGUCUCGCAAGUAUGCUAUGUUCAUCCUUCCUUUCAUAACCGUUCUACGAGAGGGAUUGGAGGCAGUAGUUUUCAUCGGUGGUGUAUCGCUUGGCCUUCCAGCCACUGCCUUCCCCAUCCCCAUCAUCACUGGUUUUGCCGCUGGUCUCUUGAUCGGAUACUUCGUCUACCGCGGAGGCAACGUCAUGUCCAUCCAAAUCUUCCUAAUCGCCUCGACCUGUGUUUUGUACUUGAUCUCCGCCGGCAUGUUCUCCAAGUCCGUGUGGAGCCUGGAGAUGUACAGAUUCAGCAAGAAAACCGGCGGCGACGUCGCAGAAUCUGGCACUGGUCCCGGAUCCUACGAUAUCAGCAGCACAGUAUGGCACAUCAACUGCUGCAGCGGCGAGCUCGACCACGGAUGGGACGUCUUCAAUGCUCUUCUUGGCUGGGAGAACACCGCCACAUACGGAUCGGUACUCUCCUACAACUUCUACUGGAUCUUCAUUAUCGUCUCUGUCUGGCUGAUGCGGUAUCAGGAACGCCAUGGUAGCAUUCCUGGUACAAGGUCGAUGUGGAAAGCACUUGCCAAGGUUCCCGGCUUCAGGACUAGGGCUGCUGAGGCGCUGAAUGGCCCCACAGAGAGCGAUCGCGAUAUCAUUGCUCGAGUUCAAGCGAGCAACUUUCACGGCGAGAACAAGACUGCCACUGGGGUUAGCACUACUGCACAUUAAUUACGACUAGCCAUGAGUACAUGUGGCAGAAGUCCAAUAAUUUGAUAAAUGAUGAGAGAAAUGUUGGCCAAGGAAUUGGAGGAUACCCGAAUGAAGCAAUUACCGUGCCAUUACGGAGCAGUGAAUAAUAUAGCAAGUUUCUUGCAGUCAUUGUUCUUCCGUAGAUCAGAACGAACAUACGUAAAUAAUGGAAAUUUUUCGCUUGAUGUAUAAUGAAUUGUAAUCAUUACAUUUUGCUACAAAAACAUGCGAUCGUUCUUCUUUCUAUUUACUUCUCAAAAUAUCUAAGUU